AAAAGAAAAAUAGAGAGAGAUUCCUUUGUCCCUGUGUUGUGCUUACAACUGUUGUUUCCACAGAUUUUCAAUCUUUUUCUCCUCCUUCUUCUCUUUUUCUUUUUUCCUUUCCCCAGUUUUCUUCUUCAUCUCUCCUUCUCUUUCCUUCUCACUGAUGAUCUGAUGGAGGACGAGAUGAGGAAGAUGGGUCAGCCAUUUGAGCUGACUGGAAGUAAAAAAUUCUAACGAUGAUUUCUUAAGUGAAUCCUUGUUUGGUCUUCUGAUGCCAGUGGAGCCUUUUUAUUACUGUGUUUGUGUUGGUUAUUAGUUUUGGAGUCACAAAUGGAUGACAGUGGACACCGUGAGAAUGGAAGGCACAAACCAGAUCAGUAUAAGCCAGCUCAGGGUCAGUGGAUGAUGCAGCAUCAGCCAUCCAUGAAGCAGAUAAUGGCAAUUAUGGCUGAAAGAGAUGCAGCCAUCCAAGAGAGAAAUCUGGCCCUUUCCGAGAAAAAGGCUGCACUAGCGGAGCGAGACAUGGCUUAUCUACAGCGAGAUGCUGCAAUUGCAGAGAGGAACAACGCUCUUUUGGAAAGGGACAAUGCCAUUGCUACUCUUCAGUAUCGUGAAAACUCCCUAACAAAUAACAACAAUGUUUCAUGUCCACCAGGAUGCCAAAUUGCUAGGGGAGUGAAGCAUAUACAUCAUCCACAGCAGCAACACACGCAUCAUGUGCCCCACAUGAAUGAGAGUAAUUACAAUUCCAGAGAAAUGCUUGCUUCAAAUGAUCCUUGCCCGGUCUCUCCCGUUGCUUCUGAAUCAACAAAGGCACGGCGAAACAAGCGUGCAAAGGAGGGAAAGACAGUUACAACACCAGACAAGAAGGUUCCAAGAGGUCCAAGGAAGGUCAAAAGAGAGACUGAAGACUUGAAUAAGAUAAUGUUAGGAAAGUCACAAGAAUGGAAGGAUGGAAUUGGUAUCAUGGGUGGAGGUGAUGAUCUUAAUAAACAGUUGGUAUCAAAAUCAGAUUGGAAGGGACAGGAUUUAGGAUUGAACCAGGUUGCCUUUGAUGAAUCAACGAUGCCAGCUCCUAUAUGCUCCUGCACAGGAGUUAUAAGACAAUGCUACAAAUGGGGAAAUGGUGGAUGGCAGUCUGCAUGUUGUACUACCACCAUCUCAAUGUAUCCAUUACCCCCUGUUCCCAACAAACGACACGCACGGCUGGGUGGUCGGAAAAUGAGUGGGAGCGCUUUCAACAAGCUGCUUAGCCGCCUCGCAGCUGAAGGCCACGAUCUGUCCGCUCCAGUUGAUCUUAAAAAUCACUGGGCAAAGCAUGGAACAAAUCGUUACAUCACCAUCAAGUAGUCACUAGCUUAUUAAGGAAGUAGCGCACAGAGAGUAGAAAAAAUGGAGGGAAUCCCCAAACUAGCUAAGGCAUACUGCCUCGGAAUUUCCUUCCACUUUCAGCAAAAGAAUAAAGGAUAGCAUAACAUCCAUAAAGAGGAGUUAGAAGCUAUCUCCAGCCUCUCACUUUCACUACGUUUGUUCGAAAGCAAGGGCAGAGUCAAGUUCUCCAACGCCAAGGCAAUUCUUUACUUUCCUCUUUUUUUGAAGUGCCCUUCUCUGUAAAGCCUUGGGGAUAUCGUACUUGCUUCAAAUAACUGUAAAGGUAUGUGUUUAUUUUUAUGUUCAAGGUUGUACUUAAAAUAUCAGAAUAUGACCGUCAUCAUUUUGUAUCAUCUUUCAAGAUGCAUAUCUUGUUUAUGCAUCUUCAAUGAAACUCAAUCCCAUUAGGUACGGUAUGCCUUGUUUAUGCAUCUUCAAUGAAACUCAAUCCCAUUAAUCAGCA